UUACUGGGUUGGUUGUGCCUCCUCUGGCGGAACGCAGUGCCAUACAUGGCCCCUCCGAACAAGAUACACAUUACACCUAAGCUAGAUAUGCCUCGUAAGGCACUUAUUUUCGCAAAUUCCAGAACAGGAGAUGCAGUAAACUCACAUCCACAAUCGUCGAGGGGGUUUUUAGCUGUCUGUACAAUCUGAAGCUCAGGUUCACCGGGUUCGGAGUCUGAUCUUCACGAUCAAGCUGAGCGCGGACUCCAACGUUCUCGUGGAGCUCCUGAACUGCCAAUCUAGGUUGCGCGCUGCGGUCUAGUUGAAGAUGGCAGACACGAACGCCAGCACCGUCUUCAGCUACAUGGACGACCCCUGGUCUUGGAGUCUUGGAACGACCAGUUUAAUCGUCGCAGUGGUGGCUGUAGUGUCCAUCGGCGUGCUCAACGCCGGGAUGAAAAGGAGGAAGUACAAUAUGCCACCCGGUCCGCGAUCCUAUCCUGUGAUUAAAAAUAUGCUCGAGAUGAGAGGGGGUGAAAUGCAGGAGAAGUGGUGGAGCUUGUCGCAGACUAAGAACUGGCCCGUCAUGAGCUUCUACUUUACCAGUAAGCCGAUUAUCAUCGUGAGCUCUCCGGAGGCAACGAAGGAGAUGCUGGUCACGAAGGGUAAUCUCUUCAACUCCCGGGACAAGGAUACUUAUCUCAACCUAGGCCUGAGGAUGAGCCCUGAUGGCAAAUCCGAGAGAGGAGCUCUUUUCACGCCGCACGGUCCUGCGUGGAAGAUAACUAGGAAAAUCAUGGUCGCAGGACAGAAUGAAUUUAAGAAGAUCAUGGGAGACGAUUACGUCGUGAAAGUUCUCUUGCCAAAGCUAUACGAAGAAAUUGACAGCGAGGUUGCGAUCAAUGCUCGUAUUCGAGUCGCCAAAAUGAUGGUAAUCAGGAUAUUGAUGGUGUUCGUCUUCGGACCCGGAGCGGAGCAGUACGCCGAUACUAUUGUUCCUCUGAACGAUGACCUAUUCCAUGUCAUCGACACCAACAACGCAAUAGAGUUCUUUCUCCCAUUUAUUGCGAGGCCAGCAUCCUGGGUUUAUUACAGGCUGUACCAAAAGGGUCUCGUCGCUCGAAAGCACAAGGCUUACGAAGAAAUUCUCUCUCAACGGGGCAUCAAGUAUAAUCUGAAGAACGAAUGGUCUCUGAGUGAUAUGGUUCAAGAAGCUGAGAGGACUGGCGAGAUCAACCGCCAUCAAGCACUGCAGAUAUACGAGGAGUGCUUCUUUGGCGGCCAAGACACGACUGGUGGUGCAAUUGAAGGAAUUCUGAAAAUGAUAGUUGAGAAUCAGAGAAUUCUCGUGAAGGUGCAGCAAGAGAUGGACGAGGUGCUGGGUGAAGGACAGGAGUUCAGACACCACGACGUGGAGAGGCUGCCAUAUUUCCAAGCACUUAUCAAGGAGGGCCUGCGACUGCACCGAGCUAUUCCGGUGCUGACACCCCACUGUGCACAUGAGGACACAACUCUCGGAGGCUACGACAUUCCGAAAGAUACACUGGUGACGGUGAACGUUUGGGGUCUAGCUCGAGACCCAGUGUCUUUCCCCGAUCCGUACGAAGUGAAACCCGAGAGGUUUCUUGGAAGAGACACGAACUUUAGCGGUAAUGACUGCAAGUAUGUCGUCUUCGGCGUUGGGCAGCGUAUCUGUCCAGGUCAAACUCUGGCUCUAUUCAUGGUGAACAUGCUAGUCGGAAGCCUGUGCAAACGGUACAAUUUUGCUCUAGCCAAGGACUGGAAGCAUGAACGUGACGCAGGCACCUUCUUCAAGGAGGUAGCUCUGCACCUGAAUCUGACCAGACGCCAUGCUUCCACUCAUUGAUUUCCCAGAAGUGGAUUUGCAACUUCUCAGAUCCGCCAUUCCUUCGCGGGGCUUCCCUUGGCCUUGGCUUCUGUUCGCAUAGAUCCGACAUCGUCACCCGCAUUAACUCGAUUGCUCGUCAAGAAUACAGUGGGAUAUCGCAACUGACGUUUUCUUCCAUUUCCUACCCGCAAUAGUUGCUGGUUGCACAUACACCUUAUUCACCGAAACAAGUAGUGCAGAAGUAGAAGCCAGUAAAUACGCCAAUCCAUCGUUCGAACGAUGUUCGAGUUUUGAAUCCUUAUCUACAGUCUUGAAAUUGGUUCUGUUCUGGCAGUGUGUUUUCCCCGGAUGUAAACAUUUAAUCUGUUGUAGGAUGAAUACCCCCUAUGCAAGACUCCUCGACAUGAAGGCUUCUAAAUUUCCGCUUGAGGUAACCUAUUGUCCGUUCCUUCAAUCACGUCCAUGCAUAUGUUUCUAUUAAUAGAGUUCCCUUGGAUUAGAUUCAGUUAACAUGAAGAACACAAUUUGGAGGUUCUCAGAAUCAUUAAAAACUACCUGUAGAAUCUCCAUUUGAAUUAUGGCGAAAAUGACUAGACUCGUCUGACCAAGUAUCAUGUAAAAAUUCCUGCGAAAUUUUCGUAAAGUAUUUGAAUUUCUUGAUUGUUCGAGAAGAAACAAA